UAUUGUAGUGUAUAUGAAUUCAGGGAAUCUCUACUGUGGACUGUAAGAAAAAAAAAUAUAAACACAUUGUACAACGACUUCUGUUUGAUCCAUGAUACAUUCUGGUGUUUAGAGUGAUAGUCAGAGUGUCCUAGUGCGAAUAUGAUACUAAAUAUUCUACUAAUUUUCGGAUUAAUUAACAUAACAAAAUGUCAGGUGCAUCCGCAAACGAACUAUGCCUUGAUCACUGCUCUUGACCAGACAACUGAGUUUUUUGGAAAAUUAAAAUCAGACUAUGCGUCGAAAAAUUUUACUGAAGAUAGAUUGGCGGAAAUCGAUGAGAAAAUUGUGGCACAUAUAAAAAAUAUAUCGGAAAUAAGCCUCGAUCGUCGUAAAAGAGAAUUAUCGGAAGAAUUCAACGGAGGUAUCAAUACACUAAAUGGAUUUCAAGAUUACAAUCAACUGAAUUUCAACAAUGUCCGGGAUAUUAAAUUUUUUUCUCUUCAAAGUGAUCCACAAUUAAUUUCAUUUGCGGUAGUUUUGAAUAGUUCUACAAUAUCAGUAUAUGAAAUAGAUAAUUACAAAUUCCACUUUAUCGUUGCUUAUCCUAUGACUACUGGCCGACAAAUAAUUACAACUAGACAAAAUAAAGUUAUUCGCAGCUGGACGUACAGUGUCCUUUUGAUAGCUCAAAAUCAGAAUGACUCAGUGCAAAUUUUGCUCUUCUCUAAAACCAACGAAAAGUACAUCCUGGACCCAAUUCACUACUUUGAGUCCAACAACAUGACCGACUUGACAGUCUGUCAUGGAGUGAAUCAGUUGUAUUUAGGCGUAGCAACAUCCUCGAAAAUUUCAAUUUACACUUGGCUGGAUGAAUACUUUGACGAGAUACAGGUUAUACAUCGUGGCACCAAGAAACUGAUCCCUUUCUACAGUAAGGGAUUUAUAUAUCUCGCUGCCACUGGACCCGUCACCUUGAUCUUCAAGUAUUCAUUCAAGUCCAAUAAAUUUGAAAUCACACAGAGACUACCAUCGAGUCAAGACGUCUCGUAUUUUCUGGUAACAGAAGGUCAUUACACGGAUCACUUUUUAAGCAUCUCCACAGAGUCUUCUGUAGUCGUAUACAAAGAGAUCUACGAUCGAUUUGUACCCUUCCAACACAUUGCUCUUGGAAGGACCACAAUGCCAAUAGUUUCAAACAAAGCAGUUCUGCUUUUAUCCUUACACGAAGACACUGUAUUAAGCUAUCAGUAUGACGGCUGGAGAUUUGUACAGUUAAAUGUAAAACUGUUUGGCGUCGAGCAGAUUCGACAAGUUCCAUUGCAUGGAAAAGAAUUGUUGCUGGUAAAAUACAAGAAUGAUACAUGGACUUUGAUGGAGCCAGUAUGGAACAAACAGAAAUCUUACAAAGAUCUGCAGGAAGAAAUCAGAACAUGGAAUAUUAACGCUAUGAAAGCAGCUAGGAGAACAUUGGAAAACAUUUCAGAUUUGAAAGAACCUGUUAGAAUUUUAAGGGGCCAUAUUGAUCAGCUUUUCGUUCAUAAUAUAAAUGAACACAAUUCUCAAGCAAUGAGGGAUGCAACGAAGCUGUACAAAAAGCUGAUCACGAGGCUGGAAGAGCAGAAAAUUACCAUGAAUAGUAAACUACGCUCGGGUAACCUGACACUGACCUCUUUAAACGCGACGAAGAUUCGAGUUAAAUGCAGAACAAAAUGUAAAGUCAGUCGUUUGAACAUCGAAGGAAAUUCUGAUACUUCGUCCAAGUUGAGGAAUACAAGACCCGACACUCAGGUGCAGAGUUUCAGAGCCGUAAGUGUCAAGGAAAUGAAUAAUUGGAAAUGCCCUGUCUUUAGUCUUCCGAUAGAAACGAUUAUUGUUGAUAAAUCGAUCAAUGGGAUAUCACUGAAUCAUCUGCAGGAAAAUACCCUUAAAGUAGUUGGCAAUCAAGAAGUUACAGGAAAACACACUUUCUUCGGUGUGAACGUGACAGAAGCUCUACUGCCCCUGGAUAUUGCUUCAAACUUAACCAAACAAGAAUUGGAGACAGGCGAGAUUAAAGCGAAAGAAUUGAAUUUAACCGAAGGUGGAUUUUUAUUGCCAUCCAAUGGUCCGCCUGUGACAAUGACUGGUUCUAUAAAAGCAUCCAAAAUGAGAAUAAAGGGCGACGUUUCUCUGGGAGGACGAAUAACAGGAAAAUCGGUGAAAAGUUUAUUACCUGUGAUGAUGAUUUCCGAAACCAUGACACUGGGUGGUGGUUCAAUUCUGGAAAAUGCUAAAGUCGAGAAUUUAAGAGCGCAAGACUUAGUUACUAACAAGACAGGAUCAGUUACAGAAAUUUUGACGAACGCCAUAUCUUUGAGUGAAAAUGUACCGGUAUCUCUGGUACUUUCAAGCGAAAAAAUGAAAUGGAGCAACAUCACAUUACACGGUUCCCAAAAUUGGGUCACUGCUAAUUCUCAGAACACAGUCGUUAUAUCAGGAAAGAAACAAUUUCUUCGCAAUGUGGAGAUAACAAAGACUUCCUACGAGAACCUAAAAUUACCUGUGAUCGAAACACCAGUGUGUACGGCUACCGUAAUGGCACCUGAAAUCAAAACUACAGUGCUAACGAUUAACAAUAUUACUGUCAAAGACCUGAACAGUUCGUAUGUUUUUGGGAACCUAGGUGAAAGAUAUUACAGUCAAAAUUUAACGUUUCUGUUCAAACCCCUGGAUAAGUCCACCGAAACACUUUAUUAUAAUGUCACUGUAAAGAACGCAACAGUAACUCGUAUGAAUAAUAUGAACUUAACGGAGUUAAAAACACUGAUGGAUUCAUGGAUUCAACCUAAUACACUCAGAGGUCCGAUCGAAGUGACAAAUUUAACAGUGGAUAUUCUUCGAUCGCCUAUUCAGUUUCGCCUGGAGCUACCCAAAGUAAUAAGGAACAUGAUAUCAAAACAAAAUACUCUUGUAAGUAGUGUUAACGGUAUUGAUCUUACUGACUUCUUGUCCAAUGUCAUCAAACUUGAAGAUAUGAUAUCCUUAGGGAAUAUAACGUUCGGCAAUGGAUUCACAGCAAAUCAUAUCUACGCUACCCACCUACCAUUCAAUUUCUCACAAUUAGAAGAAAAUUCUAACUUACAGAAAAAACAGAUUUCUGGCAAUCUAAAAGCAGACACGAUAAAUCUGCCGUAUUCUUUCGCAUUCCCAGAAAGCGAGGAUCCGUUUAAUAUUAUUGUCAAAGACUCUGCAACGUUUCUAAGCGAACCAAACAUACAGAGAAUGAAUAACGUUGAAUUAGAAGAAUUGCUUGGGAAGAUUUGGUUAGUUGGAAAUUCAACUGUUGUCCAGGGGAGAAAUUUGCAUAUUGUAAAUGCAUCGAUGACAGGAAAUGUUACUCUGAAUACUGUCUCCGAUAUAUUAAAUCUUGAAACAUGGAGGAACAUUUCGAAACGUGUUUUAAGUAAAACCAGAUCGCAGGAAAUACCAGUUCUCAGCACUUUGAACAAUGUAGAAACACCUGGUAUCAUUGGUUCAAAUUCGUCUACCGUAAAGUCUUUUGCUUCAGACUUCAAUGACAUGUUCAAGAAUGCUUUAGUUAGAGACAAAAAGCAAGAAGUCAAGGCAAAAUGGACGUUCAAUAGAUUAAAGAUUUUAGGUGAAUUCCGUGCAAAGAGUAAUAUUAAUAAUAAGAAUCUGAAAACGGAUGUUAUGAGACUCGAUUCUAAAGAAAUUGUAGUUGCUGGAAAAACAACAGUGAUAGAUUUGACAGCAGAAAAUCUGAAUGGUUUAAACUUCGAUGAAUAUGUCAGCAACAGUUUUAGACAGGAAGAGAAAUUGAUAACUAUUAAGGGCCGCAAGAGCUUUAAUACUGUCACUAUUAACAGUAUAAACGUAUCUGGCAAUGUGAUGGGACAAAAUUUAACAGAGGCACUGUCCAAAUCGAAAGAUCAGAUAAUCCGUGGUCAAAAAACGUUUCAAGGAUCCGUCAAUGCAUCGACACUUGUUGUUGACGGUCUGGUGAACGACGUAAAUCUAACCAAUCUAAUAAAUCAUCAAUUGAAGAAGCAGAAGCCUGUACAAAGGAUCAAAACAGGAAUCGAGUUACAAAAGUCCUUAACAAUCGUUGAAAAUCUUACGAUUAAUGGUUCCUACGGAAGUACAGAGUUGAAGAAUUUUUACAAGAUUUAUUCUAACAUAGCUCCCCUUGCCGAGAAAACGAGUAAUUAUUCUAGAGCAAGCGAGACAAUCAACACGGCAUUAAAAAAUCGAGCCGUUUACAUGAAUAAGCUGAAAAUUGUCGAAGGAAUGGAAGCUGUUAAUAUUUCGAAUAAGAAUGCAUCACUUCAGAGGGAACAAUGUACAUCCAUAUUGUGUUCCCACGAGAAUGUGAUCAAUGAUAUCCUUAAAUCGAACUCCAGCGACUUUGUGUUCAUAAAGACGAUUGUAUUAGACGAGGAAGAGUUUAUAGUCAGGAUAAAUCUGGACUAUGUUGCUAUAUUUUUGUAUAAUACAGCAGAAAAAAGAAUUCAGGAUUUGCAAGGUUUUCAUAUUCCCAAAAUAAUUGAGGCGCUCGUGGAGCCGAUGUCAUCCUCGAUAUGGAUCGCCUUACGACUGAGCUCGCAGACACUGGUGCUGCAUUAUCACCCCUGGAAGGAUCUACAAGAAUAUCUGUUACCUGCCACAGAUGUUUUUAUAAUGAGCCGGUCGCCGAACGGACAGCUUUUGUUAUUAUUAUCGGACGGUGUUUGGAACCUCGAGGGACUUGCCAGUCCCGAAAAUAUAAUUGAACUACCACUCGAAGGACAAGUGGAAACCUUUAUCACCGGGUUCGAUUAUUAUGUAAGAUGCAGGUCGAAAAAUGACACGACCCUAAUGAAAGCGCGAUACAUAGGAAACUGAGCAUCAUAUCGCUG